GGAGGGAGCUUUUGUGAAAUCUAGGUUCCUGGCUUACUGUCACUUAAGCAUGCAUCUCUCUGUCAGGGCCCUGGGAGAGGAGCUGGCCUCCAUGAGGAUGCAGAAGCUGGAACAGCAGGCCCUUCUUCACCCUGACCUUCCGGUCGGAUUCCGGGUCCCGUUCCUGCAGCGGAGGCUGUUUGAGAAGAAGCAGCGGCGGAAGCGCCAAGAGCCCCUCAUGGUUCAGGCCAAUCCUGAUGCUUCCCUGUGGCCCCGGCGACUUCGGUGGCGGGAGGAUCGCCUCGUGGGGCACAGUGCCCUCAGGAACCCUUACCUGCAAGAGAACGUGCCAGAGGCACAUCUGAGUUCUCAGCCCCUCAGUUCCCUGGGCACCGUGAGCUGCGGUAUUGAUGGCAGUGGCGAGUGCGGGACUGUGGUGUCACGGAUAGAAUCAGCUCUUAGGAAUUCCCGUCUCCAGUCCCCAUCCCUAUCCUGGCUACCAGAGAGUUCUGAUUCAGAGUUGGAGGAAGUCUCUGUGGAGGAUAUUCCAACCUCUCCCUCUCAUUAUAAAGAGCGUCUGGGAAUUCGUCGCAAGGGUUGGUCAGCCCAUCAUCAACUCGGUUCUAGUUCAGAGGAUGAGCACGGACCCCAGGAUAUCAGAGGUGGCGAUGAGGAGCUCAGUCCAGAACCAAAGCCUGGAGUGAAUGGUGAUGGAGGACCUGGAAACUUGGCUUCCAAUAAGAGCCAAGACACGGAAGAGAAGACGCCGCCGGAGCUGGAGUUCCCCGGGACCCACACACUCAGGGCGUCAGACGAAGAGGUGGCCCAGGCCGGCCAGGGCAACUCGAGCGGGAGCGAGGCGGGGAGCCCUCCGUCCUUGCCGGUGCGCAGCCCGGCCCCGCGGCUGGGCGAGGACAUGGAGGCCUACGUGCUGCGGCCGGCGCAGCAGGGCUGCAUGGUGCAGUGCCUCAUCAACCGCAACAAGCGCGGCGUGGACAAGGGCAUGUUCCCCUUCUACUACCUCUACCUGGAGGCCGCCGAAGGCCGCAAGCACUUCCUUCUGGCUGGGCGGAAGAGAAAAAAGAGCAAAACUUCUAAUUACCUCAUCUCCUUGGAUCCCACAGACCUGUCUAGGGAUGGAGAAAACUUUGUGGGCAAAGUCAGAUCCAAUGUCUUGGGCACCAAGUUCACCAUCUUCAACAAUGGAGUGAAUCCAGAGAGGAGGAAUUUAAUCUCAGAAGCAGCUCAGAUCAGAGAAGAGCUGGGAGCGGUGUGUUACGAGACCAAUGUCUUGGGAUUCCGAGGACCCCGGAAAAUGACUGUGAUUGUUCCGGAAAUUGAUGCCCAGAACCGGAGAAUCAGUGUCCAGCCACAAAAUGAACAGGAGUCUUUACUGAAUCGUCUUCAAAGGGGGGCCCGCCAGGGGCUGGUCCUGCUGCAAAACAAAACCCCGUCUUGGAGCGACGAGAGCGGCGCCUAUGUGCUCAAUUUUCAUGGUCGGGUCACUCGAGCCUCGGUCAAGAACUUUCAGAUCGUGCAACCUAACGACUCGGACUGCCUGGUGCUCCAGUUCGGCCGCGUGGCCCCAGACACGUUCACCAUGGACUUCAGCUACCCGCUUUGCCCUCUCCAGGCCUUUGCUAUCUGCUUGUCCAGUUUUGAUGGGAAGUUGGCAUGUGAGUAAUGCAAUGAAAAGUAAUACUGUCAUCAGCUUCUGAGCCUCCUCAUUGGGGACAAAGGGCCAGGUAUGGCUUCUUUCGCACCAUCUUACUAAUGACCAAGUGUCUGUGUGUGGGAGAGGUGGGGUGGGGGGGGUGGAUGGAGUCAGCCCUGCGCUCUAGGGAAUAGGAUGUUCAUUUGCUCUUCAGAGUCUCACCGUCCAUCAUGGGAAGAACUUGGGUUUUUUUUUUUUUUCCUCCUUUAUUUAUUUAAUUUAUUUUGCCUCCAGGGUUAUCGCUGGGGCUCGGUGCCUGCACUACAAAUCCACUACUUCUGGAGGCUAUUUUUUUCACUUUUGUUGCCCUUGUUGUUUAUCGUUAUUGCUGACAUCAUUGUUGCAUAAGACAGAGAAAUGGAGAGAGGAGGGGAAGACAGAGGGGGAGAGACAGACAGACACCUGCAGACCUGCUUCACCGCCUGUGCCUGUGAGGCGACUCCCCUGCAGGUGGGGAGCCGGGGGCUCGAACCGGGAUCCUUACUCUGGUCCUUGUGCUUUGUGCCACGUGCGCUUAACCCGCUGCGCCACCGCCCAGCCCCUCCCUGUUUGUUUAUUAAAGACUGAGACCUCCCGCCUAGGAGGUUGUACAGUGGCUAGAGCACUGGACUUGCGAGCAUGAAGUCCUGAGUUGGAUUUUUGACAUUGCAUGUGCCAGAGUGUUACUCUGGUUAUAUCUGACUUAUAAAUUCAUUUUGGGCUGAGGAGACAGCAUAGUGGUUCUGCAAAAGAUUUUCUUGCCUGAGACUCUGAGGUCCCAGGUUCAAUCCUCAGCACCACCAUAAACCAGACCUGAGCAGGGCUGUGGUCCUUCUGUG